CACGCAGACGCUAGUACAGUCCAUUCGGUUUCAGUAAGGCGAGCAGUGAGUCAAAAACCGUCACAAAAUACAUAUCCGGCGGUGGUGACGCUGAGUAAACGUGAACUACCAAUUAAUAAUUUGGUUUAAUAAUUAUUGUGGGUAAUAUUGUCACGGUGAACAGUUUAUUUUGUGUUAAAAUAAUCGAUAAUGUCAACAAAAGCGAGUAAAAAGACGGUUGCGGCGUCGUCGAGCGUCAGCUCGGUGCAAUCGCCUCAGCCAAGUACCUCGACGCCAAUAGGCCGGCGUCCAGGAAGCCCACUUAGUCCAACACGUUACUCACGUCUACAGGAGAAACAGGAUUUGCAAAAUCUCAAUGAUCGUCUCGCCUGCUACAUUGAAAAAGUACGUCACCUGGAGACGGAAAAUUCAAGGCUCUCGAGGGAAGUGCAGUCAUCCCAGGAGGUUACAACGAGGGAGGUGUCUAAUAUCAAGUCUAUGUACGAGCAUGAGUUGUCUGAUGCCAGAAAAUUGCUGGACGAGACAGCCAGGGAGAGAGCUAAACUCGAAAUCGACACCAAACGACUCUGGGACGACAACGAGGAUCUCAAAACCAAGUUGGACAAGAAAACAAAGGAUCUUCAAGUUGCUGAGCGCAACGCAUCGAUCUACGAAACCCGUUGCAAUGACCUUCAGUCACAGUAUAAUCAGUCUCAAGCUGAACGCAAGAAGCUUCAGGAGCGUGAACGUGAGUUGGAGAAAGAGGUGGAGAGGCUGAAGGGGCUGUUGGAUGACGCUAGAAAGCACCUUGAGGAGGAGACCCUCCAGCGUAUCGAUCUCGAGAAUAACAUUCAGAGUCUCCGUGAAGAUAUCAGCUUCAAGGAUCAAGUCUUCCAGCAGGAGUUAACCGAGACUCGCACACGUCGUCAAGUGGAAAUAUCGGAGAUUGAUGGACGUCUUGCUGAGCAGUAUGAAGCAAAACUCCAGCAAUCGCUCCAGGAAUUGCGUGACCAGUAUGAGGGACAGAUGAGAGCCAAUCGUGAAGAGAUCGAGCUCCUUUAUGAGAACAAGAUCAAGAAUCUAACGUCUCACGCUCAACGCAACAGUGGAGCUGCAACGCUGGCUGUUGAGGAGCUCAGGCAGACAAGGACACGCAUCGAUGGCCUCAAUCAGCGCAUUUCUGAGCUCGAGUCUGCCAAUAAUUCCCUCAACGCACGUAUCAGAGAUUUGGAGAACAUCAGGGAGGGCGAACGUGCCAGACAUGCUGAGGGUCUUGCUGCACUGGAGGCAGAGCUCAGUAGGAUGAGGGAUGAGAUGGCGCAACAGCUGCAGGAGUACCAGGACCUUAUGGACAUCAAGGUCGCCCUGGAUCUUGAAAUUGCAGCUUACAGGAAACUCCUGGAGUCUGAAGAAGCCAGGCUCAACAUUACACCAGUCCAGUCACCAGCUACAGCUGUCUCCACUGGUAGGAGCACACCAUCCAGGCACACCCCUGUCAGGGGUGGCAAACGCAAGCGCACGCUUCUUGAGGAGAGCGAGGAACGCAGUAGCAGUGACUACAGUGUCGUUGCUUCUGCCAGAAGCGAUGUCGAGAUUAAUGAGGCUGAUCCACAGGGGAGAUUUGUUAAACUGAUAAAUAAGGGAACCAAGGAAAUUGUUCUGAGUGGAUGGCAACUUAUUCGAAAAGCUGGAGCCCUGGAGACUGUGUUCAAAUUCCACAGGACUGCUAAGAUCGAGCCAGGGGCGAAUGUUCUCGUGUGGUCGUCCGAUAUUGGAGCGACUCAUGAACCUCCGUCGAAUAUCGUGAUGAAGGGGCAGAAAUGGUUUAUUGCGGAUAACAUGACCACUACGCUUCUCAAUAAUGAGGGAGAGGAAAUGGCAAUGUCUGAACGAAAGAGGCAGCAAAUGACAACUUCAAUGUCUCGACACAGGGAAAACUUGGGGUUUCGAGGAUCUGAGGAUCUUCACCACCAACAGAGAAGAUUUCUCUUCUUCCGAUAAUCAGAGGGUCCACGACUCUGAUGGACAGCCCAUGGUGACCCCCAGGGUGAGGAACGCUGUCGCCUUAUGUAAGCCAUAAAAUUCGUUAAGUCCAAGAUUUAUAAAAUUCAAAAAACAAAACAAAAAGAGUUUUAAUUAAGCUUAUUAAGAUUAUCGAAGGGGAGGAAGGGGGGCAUUUUAUGCUGCGAGAAUUCGUUUAGAGGAUGAGAAUAAUCUAUCAUUUAAUACCGAGGACCGAGAAUGUUUUUCAUUAAUCUGAAGGAUAAAAUGAAUAUUGAAAAGGAGGAUAAAACUCACGCUUGAUAGAUGCUGAUUAUUAGUCGUUAUAAAUGCAUUUGAAGAUCUUUAUGGAAUUCGCUGUUAAUUAUUGCAUUAUUUUUUCUCUUCAGUCGCUGUGAAAAUAACUUCCACAUUAUUAUUUUUUCUCUUCAGGGAAAAACAAUCAGGAUGUUUCCUGACUCAUAUAAUUUUGUAUAACGUCUAUUAAUUAGCUCUUUCCAAUAAUGCACAAUCAAAAUUAAUUUAGAUAUGAAAAUAAGCAACGAUGGUGGAAAGAUUAUCACAAUAAUACAAUUGUAAUGUAUCUGCAUUUACCUGAGUCACGACAGUAGUACACGACAAGAGGCGGGGGAAUACGGACGAAUGUUUUUUUAUGUCAAAUGCUUAUAACACUUCCAUGGAUAAUUAUUAAUAAUAAAAUACAAAUCAACAAUUAA